AUAGGGUAUUAGCAAAAGCAACUGGGAGCCAGAAGGCGGAGCCAGAAAGCACAUGACGCAGCCGCUUUCCUCGGACCGAGAGCAGCCAUAGUGGGUCUUUGCCCUCCCGGUUAUAUCUCCCGCCUUGGUGGGUGGUAGCGGCGCCUUCUGCGGGACCGAGUGCCUCUGUGCAGCGCGUUGUAAGCGACCGAGCCUUCCGCCUGCCGAGUUUUUUUUUUCCUCCGCGAGCGCCUGGGCAAGAUGGACCCUCUCCGCAGCGAGGAGACCGAGGGAGAGAUUCCCGGCCUGGAUGUUAAUGCUGAUCCUGAUGACCUAGCUAGCGAAAGAUCUUUAAUUCAGUCGCAAGGAAUGACUUCUGUGGAUGCAGGGUGGGGAUACCCCUUCCCAGGGAAGAUUGAGAAAGCGACGGAAGGCGAAUCGGAGCCAAGUCUUGCUUCCAGCAUGAUGCUGAAUACAGAGGGUGGCGAGGGCUUCGUGGUGAAGGUGCGCGGGCUGCCUUGGUCCUGCUCUGCCGAGGAGGUCCAGAGAUUCUUCUCCGAAUGCAAAAUUCAAAAUGGAGCUUCAGGUAUCCGUUUCAUCUAUACAAGAGAAGGCAGACCAAGUGGAGAAGCUUUUGUUGAACUUGAAACGGAAGAUGAUGUGAAAUUGGCACUGAAGAAAGACAGAGAAACAAUGGGACACAGAUAUGUUGAAGUUUUCAAGUCAAACAACGUUGAAAUGGAUUGGGUCUUGAAGCAUACUGGUCCUAACAGCCCUGAUACUGCUAAUGAUGGUUUUGUACGUCUUAGAGGACUCCCAUUUGGCUGUAGCAAAGAAGAAAUUGUACAGUUCUUUUCAGGGUUGGAAAUCGUGCCAAAUGGGAUAACAUUGCCGGUGGACUUCCAGGGGAGGAGUACGGGGGAGGCCUUCGUGCAGUUUGCUUCACAGGAAAUAGCUGAAAAGGCUCUAAAGAAACACAAGGAGAGAAUAGGGCACAGGUAUAUUGAAAUCUUCAAGAGUAGUCGAGCAGAAGUGCGUACUCAUUAUGAUCCUCCUCGCAAAUUACUGGCCAUGCAGAGGCCAGGUCCCUAUGACAGGCCUGGUGUUGGAAGAGGCUAUAACAGUCUGGGUAGAGGAAGUGGUUUUGAAAGAAUGAGACGUGGAGCUUAUGGUGGAGGUUAUGGAGGCUAUGACGACUACAAUGGAUAUAGUGAUGGCUAUGGCUUUGGUUCUGAUAGAUUUGGACGAGAUCUAGAAUGGACUCUUCUCUCCACAGGUAUGUCUGACCAUAGAUAUGGAGACGCAAGUUCUACUUUCCAAAGCACAACUGGUCACUGCGUACACAUGAGAGGAUUACCUUACAGAGCUACGGAGAACGACAUUUAUAAUUUCUUCUCACCUCUGAACCCUGUAAGAGUCCACAUUGAAAUUGGACCAGAUGGCAGAGUGACUGGAGAGGCAGAUGUUGAGUUUGCUACUCAUGAGGAUGCUGUGGCUGCCAUGUCCAAAGACAAAGCAAAUAUGCAACACAGAUAUGUAGAACUCUUCUUGAAUUCUACAGCAGGAGGAAGUGGUGGUGCAUAUGGCAGCCAAAUGAUGGGAGCUAUGGUCAAGGAAUCGGAAGGGGUAGUUCAAGAUUGGAACACUAGCACAUUGCCAGGAAACCAAUCCACUUAUGGUGCUAAUCAGCAGCUGAGUGGGGGUUAUGGAGCUGGCUAUGGCACUCAAAGCAGCAUGAGUGGAUAUGGUAAUCAGAGCGCAAUGAACAGUAGCUACUACAGCAGUGGAAACCGUGCGUCCAUGGGAGUGAAUGGAAUGGGUGGGAUGUCCAACAUGUCCAAUAUGAGUGCUGGCUGGGGAAUGUAACUGACUUUUGGUCAACCUUUUUUUAAAAAAACAAAAGAAAACAAAAAACUUAAGUUUAACAGUUUUGCAAUACGAGCUUGUGAUUUAUGCUUUACUGUAAGUGAAAUCAGGAUUAUUUUAAGACUUCAGGUUCAGUAUUUUUGAACACAUGGAAGAAAUAAACAUUCACUUAGGAUGUAAUAACCAAGUUGAGUAAAGACUAUAACUGUUAAACAAUUUUCAGCUUUUUCUCAAGUUAGUUUUGUUGUAGGAGCGUAUUUAAGCAGUAAGCGUAUUUAGGUUAAAGCUGUUUCAAUUAUGUUAAAUGUUGCUCUUAUACCAUAUUACAUCCAACACUGUUUUGAAUGCAUGUUGAAAAACAUGCUUUUUUGUAAACUGAACUAUAGGAGCUGUGUCUGCAAUUCAAAGUGAACAUUUGGCAUGUUAGUUCUAGUUUUUCUUUUAAUAUCCUGUAAGGCACGUUUAAGCUUUUUUUUAAGUUAAUGGAGGAACAUGUUGAGAUGUGAUACAGCUACUUCAGGAUUUUGGUCUUGGUGUUCGUAUAAAAUUCUGAGGCCUUGAUUUAAUCUUUCAUUGUAUGGUGAUUUCCUUUUUAGGUGUAUUGCGCUAAGUGAAACUUGUUAAAUAAAUCUUCCUUUUAAAAACUA